UGAGAAAACGCCUGCACCCACGUGAGCAAGAGGACUAGGGUUUCUCUCCCUGUCGAUUCACACCCGCAUUCGCGUCGCUCUCCUCACUCCUCUCCUCUCUCCUGCGGACGGAUCUCGUCGCCCCGUCGCCUCGCAAGCACGUCGCCGGCGCGCAUCCUCACCGCGCAGAGAGAUGGGCUUGUGGAUGCUGCUGGAGGGUUUUUUGCUUCUUGCAAAUUCUUUGGCGAUCCUGAAUGAAGACCGCUUUCUUGGCCCCAGGGGAUGGAGCAUGUCUGAAGUUUCAGGAAACGGGCAAACAAAGUCGUUGAAGGGGCAGAUUGUGGGGCUCAUCUACGCCACUCAGUUUUUGCGGAUGCCCUUGAUAGCGCUUAAUGUUCUUAUCAUUGUUGUGAAAAUGGUGUCAGGCUGAGGCUCUUUGUCGCGUCUCAGCUGUUGGGUUGAACUGAUUUCAGUUCCAGCAUUAUGUGAAAGCUAAUCGUGUUCAAAAGUUGCUGCAAGGAUGUUCACGCUGACUUGAAUGUUGCCUGUUGGCUUUGUUGCUGUAAAUCCCUCUUUGCUCUGAGGGUAAUCUUUCCUCCUGUAUGACUUCUGAAUCGUGCAUGCAUCUGUUGCUAUUGGUGUGGGGGUAUGCACUUGCGCUACAUUAAUCACCAUGUAAAUGUUCACUCUAAUUUAAACCUGGGUACUGCUUAUGGUUAAUGACAUUAUCUGGUGGCAGAACCAACGUUUUGUGCA